AUGGACGAAAGUUGUGAGAAUGGCGACUACGGCGUGAUGAAUCAUGAUCAUUCAUGUUGCCAUCAUCAUCACGAAGAUUACGAAGAGAAAGAUCCACAAAUCCUCGAAAUAUUUAAACAAGCAAAACCUGUAUUUUCAAAAUUAGAAAAGAUCACUUAUCGGGAUGAUGAAGAAGAACAAGCCUUUCAUUCCAUCAUGGCGGUACUUGGUCGCUCAGAUUUUGAGUGCCAGUCUCAAGAUCAUGAUGAUGUAAGCUCGGAAAAUGAAGAAAUAACAAACGAUGUCAAAGAAGAAACCACAACGGUGGAAGCGAAAACUGAAACUCAUCAAACUCUUCAGGAUAUUCUUAUUGAAUUACUUUCCGAUUUCAAAUAUGGCAAGGAUAGACGCUUCCAUGGAAAGUUAUACAUGUUGUCUAAAGCGUUUUUAUUUAUUGCAAAGUUUUGGAGCUUACAGUUUUAUGAUGAGGAAAGCGAUGACGAACAAACGGAGAAGACUGAAAGAAGUAAAUACAUUCCUGACACUGUUGACGAGUUAAAAUUAGCAAAAUGCAUUGGUUUUUCAUUUGCGUGGGUGAAUGUGAUCUUUCCUCGAUCCAUUCCAGAUUAUGAGCCUUACAUUUGUUUGUUAAUUGAUGUUGGAAAGCUGAAACUUACCGAUUUAUGGCUGGAAAAGGGAUUAAAUGUUGUAUCGUUUACCAGUAGUGGUAACGGAAAAAUGAAUAUCAAGAAAGCUCCAUUGCAUUUUAGUAGAAGAAUGAUUAGUCAGUUUCGAGGAGAAAAUUUAGUGAUUGGUGACAAACAUAAUUUAACAACUAAUAGGCCUGAGAUGAAUUUCACCAUGGAUAUUGACAUUGCUGAAGAGCCAGAUGUGGUAGGAGAUGCUUUCAAUGAGGACAAUAUUCUUGCAUUUCCAACACAUCGGUUUUCAAAAGUUAUCUUUAACUUUAUUGGUCAUAAUAUUUUAUUGGACAAACCAGUCAUCAUGCAAUAUUUUCGAAUUUUAAGAAGUAAUGGAAUUCUUGAUUUUAAAACAGAGCAUGUGGACCAGAAAGCUAUUGAACAGAUUUUUGCUAGAAAGUAUGAAUUUGAAAAAAAUUUAUGGAAUUGCGGUUUCUGUGACAUUUCUAUUCAAAAGAAAUGCGACGACGAAACCACCAAGUACGCUCCUUAUUAUUUGCAUGUUCAAGCCAGAAAGCGAUAA